AUGUUUUCCACCGCUACGUUCCUUUGGUUGACAUUUGCCGUGUGGGCCCCCGAGGCGAAGCCGCUCGCUAAGAGGUACUACAACAGCACGGAGUCAUCCAGUCCCCUGGCCUUCAGGAGCGACGGCACAUUCCAGAUAUCCGUCUUCGAGGACUUGCACUUUGGAGAAAAUGCCUGGGACACCUGGGGACCCCAGCAGGAUAUCAAUUCGGUCAAGGUCCUCAACAAGGUUCUCGAUGCCGAAUCGCCCGGGCUCGUCGUGCUCAACGGCGACCUGAUCACCGGGGAGAACACCUACUUGGAAAACAGCACGACGUACAUCGACCAGAUCAUUGGCCCGAUCGUAGACCGUGGCCUGACGUGGGCUUCGACCUACGGCAAUCACGACUACGAUUUCAACAUAUCCGGCAUUACCAUCCUGGCCCGCGAGAAACGGUGGCCGAACAGCCGCACGACCCAGAUGGUAUUCAACCCCGAGGCUGGCGUCUCGAACUACUACCUCCCCGUUUACGACGGCAAUUGCACGGCGGAGAGCUGUGCACCUGAGCUGCUGCUCUGGUUCUUCGACAGCCGAGGCGGGUUUCUGUACCAGCAGAGGAAGGGAUCCGGGGACAGGGUCGGCCAGCCGAACUGGAUCGAUAUCAGCGUCGUGAACUGGUUCCGUCAAAAGAACGCCGAGUUCGCGAGCACGUUCGGUCGAGUGAUCCCUUCGCUAGCCUUCUGCCACAUCCCGACCUUCGCAUCGAGGGUCCUGCAGGCCGGGGGCGUCGACCCCAACACCGAGCCCGGGAUUAACGACGACUACCCAGUGGCUCCCCAGGCCGAGGGCUGGUGUCCUGACGGCGUGAACGACGGCUCUUGCUCCUAUGGAGGACAAGACAUCCCCUUCAUGCAGGCCAUCUCGGAGGUCCCCGGCGUCAUGGCGCUCUUCUCCGGCCACGACCACGGCGACACCUGGUGCUACAAAUGGGAUAAGCAGCUCCCGAACAUGACCAUCGCACCUCGCCACGACGUCAACCUGUGCUUCGGUCAGCACUCGGGCUACGGCGGCUACGGCAACUGGGAGCGAGGGGCGCGCCAGAUCCUCGUAUUCAAGUCCAAGUUGAAGAAUCUAGAGGUCGACACUUGGAUUCGACUCGAGGGCGGGAGCAUCGUCGGAAGCGUCUCGCUGAACGGCACAUACGGCAUCGAUCGUUACCCCGCGACGAACAACACGAAGACGUACUGCCCCACCUGUGAUUACAACGUAGUUACACCGAUGUAG